UCUGUUGACGUGGUAACGGUGACUUUUAUCAGUUUGGGUGGAGAUCUCCAGCUAUUAAUGAGUAAAAGUUAGGAAAACGGUGUUAUUAGAAAAGAGAAGUCAUGCUGGACUUUGCCAUCUUUGCUGUCACGUUUGUCAUCAUUUUGGUCGGCGCUGUUCUCUAUCUGUAUCCGUCUUCCAGAAGAGCCUCUGGCAUCCCAGGUCUCAAUCCCACAGAUGAGAAGGAUGGGAACCUGCAGGACAUCGUGAACAAAGGCAGCCUGCACGACUUCCUCGUCAGUCUGCAUCAGGAGUUUGGGCCCGUGGCGUCGUUCUGGUUCGGUGGUCGGCCAGUGGUCAGCCUGGGCUCUGUGCAGCAGCUACGGCAACACAUCAACCCCAACCACAGCACUGACUCCUUUGAGACGAUGCUGAAGUCGUUGCUAGGAUACCAGGCGGGGAUGGGAGGCGGGGCCACCGAGACCAUUAGAAGAAAAAAAGUGUAUGAAAGUGCCAUCAACAACACACUGAAGAACAAUUUCCCUCUUGUGCUCAAGCUGGUGGAGGAGCUGGUGGGAAAGUGGAAAUCAUUCCCGGAGGCUCAACACACCCCGCUGUGUGCCCACCUGCUGGGUCUGGCCAUGAAGACCGUCACCCAGCUGGCUCUGGGCGACAGCUUCAGAGAUGACACCGAGGUCAUUUCCUUCCGCAAGAACCACGACGUGAUUUGGUCAGAAAUCGGGAAAGGCUACCUGGACGGCUCCCUAGAGAAGAGCUCCAGCAGGAAGGGACACUACGAGAAGGCUCUGUCCGAGAUGGAGUCCGUGCUGCUGUCGGUGUCGAAGGACAGAAAAGCCCAGAGGAAGCAGACGGUGUUUGUGGACGCUCUGCUUCAGUCCAGCCUCUCAGAACGACAGAUCAUGGAGGACUGUAUGGUUUUCACUCUGGCCGGGUGCGUCAUCACUGCCAACUUGUGUAUCUGGGCGCUUCGCUUCCUGUCCACCUCAGAGGACGUUCAGGACAAACUGUACCAGGAGCUGGAUGAGGUUUUGGGUUCGGAUCCAGUUUCCUUGGACAAGAUCCCUCAGCUCAGAUACUGCCAGCAGGUCCUCAACGAGACAGUGAGGACUGCCAAGCUGACCCCCGUCGCAGCUCGGCUUCAGGAAGUGGAGGGCAAAGUCGAUCAACACGUCAUCCCCAAAGAGACUUUGGUCAUCUAUGCUUUGGGAGUGAUCCUGCAAGAUUCUGACACCUGGAGCACCCCGUACAGGUUCGACCCCGAGCGAUUUGAGGAGGAGUCGGUCAGGAAGAGCUUCUGUCUGCUCGGAUUCUCAGGGAAUCAAACAUGCCCAGAGCUCAGGUUCGCCUACACCGUGGCUACUGUCCUGCUCAGCACGUUGGUGCGGCAGCUGAAGCUUCACCAGCUGAAGGGACAGGUGAUGGAGGUCCGAUCCGAGCUGGUGUCCACGCCUAAGGACGAAACCUGGAUCAGCGUCAGCAGAAGAAGCUAGAAGUCGUCUUAAAAACCUCCUGAGCCGAAGAGCCUCCAAAAAUCAAUACGUUUAACACCUUGAUGAGAAGAAUUACCAGCGAAGUAUCUCUCGAAUGUUGGGGAUUGUUCCCACAGUUUGGUGCUUUUAACUGUGCACUCUUCUGAGGCCUUAAGCACAUCAUCCCCUGUUCUGUCCACAGGCCAUACUUGCACUUGUUGACAGACUCCAUCUGUUAAAGGAGGGAAACUGACUUAAUUCUGUACGAUGUCGAGAAAAACAACUUGUGCUGCCAGAAGCGUUUCUGUAAUUGUUAGUUCUACUGCCUUGAGUCUGUCUAUUGAUUUAACCCAAAUGGCUUUCAGACAUUUCAUUCCCGUUUUAAACACAGCUGCACCAUGGACAUUGAAUAUGUAUGAUGAUUUUGUUUGUAUCAUUCUUUGAGUUUUGAGGGCUGCUGCUUCUCUAACAAGCAAGUUCAGUCAUCCCCGAUCAAAUAAAGACAUUUUGAUUGGCUUAAGUGGAAAAUGGCAGCGUCAUGUGUUGCGAAUCCAUUUUCAGGCCACAUGUGAACUUUUUUAACUGAAUGAGUUUUUACAGAGACCCUUUAUCAGCUUUUAUCUGUGCUUCUGAAGGGCCUUUGGGCAAAUUUCUAUUUUCUCACCAGAGCAAGGCCUGUUGCUCUGGAACUGAGCCUGUGGAGAAGGAGUGAUACAGGAAUAAAAGAAAUCUGCCUACGGA